AUGGCGCUGUGCGGGGCGGCUCGGGGCCGGGGGCUGGGGAUCGGGGUGGCGGUGGCGCACGGGCUCUUCUCGGGCUCGCUGAACAUCCUGCUGAAGUUCCUGAUCAGCCGCUACCACUUCGCCUUCCUGACGCUGCUGCAGUGCCUGACCUCCUCGGCGGCGGCCCUGGGCCUGGAGCUGCUCCGCCGGAGGGGCGCCCUGGAGCUGCCGCCCUUCGGCCUGAGCCUGGCGCGCCUCUUCGCCGGGGUCACCCUGCUGGCCACCCUCCAGUCCAGCCUCACCCUCUGGUCCCUCCGCGGGCUCAGCCUGCCCAUGUACGUCGUCUUCAAGCGCUGCCUGCCGCUGGUCACCCUCCUGCUGGGCGCCCUCCUCCUCAAGAACGGCGCCCCCUCCCUCGGCGUCGCCCUGGCCGUCCUCAUCACCACCUGCGGAGCCGCCCUGGCCGGUGCAGGUGACUUGACCGGUGAUCCCCUUGGCUAUGUGACUGGAGUUCUGGCUGUGUUGGUGCAUGCAGCAUAUUUGGUACUCAUCCAAAAGACAAGUGCAGAGAGUGACUAUGGGCCCUUGACCGCUCAGUAUGCCAUUGCUGUAUCAGCCACCCCUUUCCUCAUUAUCCUCUCCUUUGCCAGCAUGGAUGCCAUCAAUGUUUGGUCCUUUCCAGGAUGGAAAGAUCCUGCCAUGACAUGUAUCUUCAUUGCUUGUGUUUUUAUAGGCUGUGCUAUGAAUUUCACUACCCUCCACUGCACUUACAUUAACUCAGCUGUCACCACUAGUUUUGUCGGGGUAGUGAAGAGCAUUGCAACCAUCACAGUUGGGAUGGUGGCCUUCAGUGAUGUUGAGCCCACAAAACUGUUUAUAGCAGGUGUGGUGGUGAAUACUGUGGGCUCCGUCAUUUAUUGUGUGGCCAAGUACAUUGAAACUAGAAAGCAGAGUAAUUAUGAAGAUCUGGAGAAGGAAAUUAGGCAGGAGGAGAAGAAAGAAUGCGAUGGAGGUCAGCCACCAUUCAUAAUGGAAGAGAUAUCCAGCGAGGCAGAACCAGGAGAUACAAAGACAGAGGAGGCAGCAGGUGAAAGCAACCAGCAAAGCAUAGAAGAGGAAGACAGCAUUGUGAGAGAAGCAAAUACAUCUGUGAUCUCUGAAGAGGGAAGCUCUGAAGGACUUAGCAAAAGCUCAUUAAAGGAUGCCUAUCUUGGAGUAUGGAGGCUGGUCCGAGGGGCAAAUUAUGUGAAGAAAGAUUAUUUAGUAGAGAAUGAAGAGUUACCAAGUCCUUGAAGAAUUAUUUCUUAAUGAAUCCCAAUCAAGGAUUUCCUUGUAGUGGGAGUACAAAUGGACAGAUGCUUUCAUAUGUUCACAAACAAAUCUUAAUUGUUUAUUAGGGAGAUUUUACCUCAUUCUGAUGGGACAAAAGCACUAUAUUCAUGCUUAGUUUCAGUGCAAUUCUGUCCCCCCCCCCAGUGGAUUUACCUCUGAUUUUCAGAUCAGGAUUAGGUCUGGACCAGCAAAAUGGGCACAUCAAACAUUUAAAAGCUUAUGUUUUAUAUCCACAGAAGUCAACUGGAUUAAACUAAUAGUACAUUCUUCAGUAAGUACUCUUUGAAGUACUAAUUGAAUUGUUUGUAGUCAUUAAAACUAUGGUACCCAUAAGCAAAAGGUGAAAAUAUUUUUUCCUAUUUUAAUUUAAAAGGAAAUAGCACUAAAGUCAGUGGUGACUUCCAUGUCACUGGAACAGUGAAUCCAAAAUUUGAAGAAGCUGUCAAAGGUGCUGAUCCCAUCUCCUAAAAUGGUCCAGCACUUUUAAAGUUUGGAUUAAAACCCAGAGCUCAUACACUGCAUCAGUCACAUGGAGACCACUAAUUGCCAUUGACUAGAUUCCCUGUGGUAGGAAUGUUAAACAAAUGAGAAAUACAAAAAAGUGUAAGUCAGCUCUCUCAUAGUUCUUUUGUGUAAUCUUCCGAUGUUGUGUGUGCUAUGCAAGUCUCACCCAUACAUGGAACAGUUGUUAUAGUCCAUGAGCAAAAGUCAGUCAAUAAGACUCUGCUGAUAAUUCUGCACCAUUCCACUUUCUCUGCCUAUCCUGUCUUUGCUGACAAGGUGAGAGAGAGGGGUGGGUGGUGGGCUCAGCUGUUUAUUCUCAAGCUUGCCUCAGAACAUUCUCGGCUUGUGUGUGUGAGAGAGUGUGUAUAGGGACACACACUCAUUUGUGUGUUUGUUCAAGAAUUCACUGUUUGCUGUAGAGUUCAGGAGUCAUGUAUUAUUAUUUUUGCAAAUAUAUAUUUUAAUAACAACACACGGACAUAGAGCCCUGUAGGAUCAGAUAAAGGGUCAGUUGAGGGGUUAUUCAGUUGCUAUUUUUGUUAGCAUGACUAUGUGAAUAAUUUCACUAACACUAUCUGUUUUGUUGUUCAUACUUUUUUUAAAACUGGGAUUUUUUAAAUCCUGGUAUUUGUGAGGUUCUGAGAAGCACCCCCCCCCCCCAAACUUUUUUGAAAUGCAUGUGAACAACAGAGGUUAAUUCCACAUUCAUCCAGGAUUUUUUUCACCACCUGAAAAGCCCCCUUGUCUAGCAACUACCUUUCCACAGUGUUUAUUCAAAUACCUCCGGUAACCCAAGAGACAAUAGCUCUGUUCCACUGUUGCUGUCCAACUGCUGAAAUACAGUGAUACACAGCUUUUGAACCUGAAGCUAUAAUACAGAACUAUCAUCUAUAAAAAUUUAGGUAUUUAAUAUAUAACCCACCUUCUUGCCAAAAGAGACAUUCAACAUGUCUAGCUAUAAUAAAAUAGAUAUUAAAAGUAAAAUAUCAGUUAAAAUAUCAGUUUAAAAAUGUGAUUAACACACAACUAUGACAGAUACAGCCAUUCAAAUCAAUUAGACCCCUUUGACAGCAAGUCUCUAUACAAAAAUCAGCUAGGAAAAGUUACUUUUUUGGAUGACAGCUCCCCAAACUGCCAACCAGGGAUGGUAACUGGCCAUGUGGUUGGGAGAUUCUUGAAACUACACUUAACAAAUUAAUUUUCCUAAGCUCUAGCUAGCUCCCUGAGAGAUACCAGUCCCUUUCUUAAUUAAACAAGGAAAAGAAGAGAGGUAACCUCUGAGUAUGCAGGAAAAUAUAUUGUGUAUCAAAUGUUACAACACAUUUCAAAUAAUUGUUUUUCCUCAGGGGCUCCCCUUGCAUGCUUCUACACAGUUGCCUUGCCACAUUCACAGAACUUAAUGGAUAUGCAAAGGGAUCUUGUAGUACCUUUGAUACUAGGCUUUUAAGCUGUGAUUAUAGUAAAAUAGCACCUUUGGUGGUAUGUAUCACACAACAUUGCCUUUAAGUUCUAGGGAUCUAGGAGUCCUAGUAGACAGCAAGUUGAACAUGGGUCAACAGUGUGAUGUGGCAGUUAAAAAGGCC